CUCCAGCAAAUAUCAAUCUCAGUCCAUCAAAUUUGUAUUCCGCCAAGAUAGGCCUAAGGACCAUUGGAGUUUGACAUAGACAACUACACUGGGGGCUUGCCAAAAUUGAAGUACUACCCAUAUGCAUGGACAAAGACAGCCAGCAUUAUAUUUUUGGAUGCACCAGUUGGGACAGGUUUCUCUUAUGCCAGAACUCAAGAAGGAUGGUCCACUUCAGACUCAAAAUCAGCAGAGCAAUCUUACCAAUUUCUGAGGAAGUGGUUGCUAGAAAACCCACAGUAUUUGCUAGUUCAGCUGUUUAUUGGUGGUGAUUCUUACUCAGGCAUUACUGUUCCAUUGGUCACUCAAAAAGUGGUUGAAGGUAAUGAAGCAAAAGUCUAUCCAUACCUGAAUCUCAAGGGAUAUCUGCUUGGCAGCCCCCAUACAGAUUCAGUUAUAGAUGAAAAUUCGAAAAUAAUAUUUGCUUACAGAAUGGCCCUAAUUUCAAAGAAACAAUAUCAUAAUCUUAAAAAGAGCUGCAAUGAGAUGUAUGUGAAUGUAGAUCCAUCCAACACAGCAUGUGUAGCUGCCCUUCAAACUUAUGAAAUGUGUGUUAAAGAUCUGUAUAAAGGUGAUAUCUUGGAGCCUAAAUGUCUUUUUGUAUCCCCGGAAGCAAAUCGAAGAUCCAUGAAAGAAAAAUCUACAAAUUUCAUCCUUUCACCACCAAGAAUUCCCGAAUUGUGGUGUCGAACUUUUAAUUAUGCGAUGUCUUAUGUGUGGGCAAAUAAUAUGGAAGUGCAAGAUGCCUUACACGUUAGAAAGGGGCUAGUGCCAUACUGGUCAAGGUGCAAUAGAACUUUAUCAUACACAAAAAAUGUUCCAAGCGUUGUUCAAGUUAAUCGAUACCUUAGUACCAAAAGAUUGGUACUUCUAGUAGAAAGCGGAGACCGUGACAUGGUGGUUCCUUUUGUUGGAACUUAGAAAUGGAUAAAGUCUCUUAAUUUGACUGUUGAUGAUAACUGGCGACCAUGGCUUGUUGAUGGCCAAAUUGCAGG